AUGGGGGCAGGGGAGAGGAAUGGGGGCAGGGGAGAGGAAUGGGGGCAGGGGAGAGGAAUGGGGGCAGGGGAGAGGAAUGGGGCAGGGGAGAGGAAUGAGCUGCCUGUGUCACAGCCCCCUUCACCCCCUCCUCAAUGGACAAUUGCCUGUGAUACAGCCCCCCCCACCCCCUUCUGCAAAGGAAGAGGGGAGGAGGAGGAGGGGGAGGAGGAGGAAGAAGAGGAGGAGGAGGAGGAGGAGGAGGAGGAGGAGGAGGAGGAGGAGGAGGAGGAGGAGGAGGAGGAGGAGGAGGAGGAGGAGGAGGAGGAGGAGGACGAGGAGGAGGAGGAGGAGGAGGAGGAGGAGGAGGAGGAGGAGGAGGAGGAGGAGGAGGAGGAGGAGGAGGAGGAGGAGGAGGAGGAGGAGGAGGAGGAGGAGGAAGUGGAGGAGGAGGAGGAGGAGGAGGAGGAGGAGGAGGAGGAGGAGGAGGAGGAGGAGGAGGAGGAGGAGGAGGAGGAGGAGAAGAAGAAGAGAGAAGGGAUAGAGCGCUCACCUCUCUGGACAGCUGUCUGUGAUACAAUGCGCCUGCUGUCUCUCGUGUGA